AUGAUACCAAACGGUGUAAAGGUUAAUUCUUUAAUUGAGUUUACGAACAUAAAGUGUGCAUCAGUAGAUAAGGAUUUUUCCGAUUUUGAGUAUUGUCGUCUCAAAUCUGUGAACCGGACCUACAAAUACUUUUCUUUAAAAGUAAUUCUCUUUAAAACUCCGAUAACCAGUGUUAAGGUAAAUCUGGGUCUAUAUAAACUUGGCAAUGGGUAUAAGCCCUUUCUCUACAAUAUAACAGUUGAUGCCUGCAAGUUUUUAAAAAAUCAAAAGUCCAAUCCAGUUGCUUUGUAUUUUUAUAAUUGGUUUAAGAUCUAUUCCAAUAUGAACCAUUCCUGCCCUUACAAUCAUGAUCUUGUAGUGGAACAGGUAUCAACAGAGUAUAUAAAUUACCAAAUGACUAAUAUUCUACCUUUUCCGGAGGGGAAGUAUAUGGUCAAAAUGAAUUGGAUAGCGUAUGACAUUAACCGAGCUGUGUUUAAAAUAUAUUACAUACUUUCGUAG